UUUAGAGCUUGAGAUUAGUCAAUUAGGGGCGGCCGUGUUCAUUAGGAAAAAUUGAUUGACUUUUCAAUCGGCUGCUUCAUAGAGUAGACUCUCAAUUCUCAAAUUCAAUAGCGUAUAAUUUACUCGUCAAAUCAGAAGCUUCCUUGUUCUUGUUCAAAUUCAGACCGAAAUUUCAUGAUUUUUGAUGUUUUCUGUAUUUUUAAUUCACAAUUUGAAUACUCCAAAGUAAUUAUUGACCCAUUUCCAGCCAAAAAAGCGACGCUUUUUUGCAGUUUUAUACACUGAUUUCCUUCAUUUUUGCACGUUCUUUUGCCUUUUCCCUCUCCUCCCUUCUUUCCUCUUUUUCGUCGCUUUGGUUUUGACGGAAUAAUACAUAGUAAUUUUAAUUGUAUUUUUAGGAAAGGAGGAAAAACCCUUAAACCCAACAAUAACUUUAAGUACUAUCAAUCAAUCUGAGAGAUAUUUGAAGUUUUCCGGAAAAUUGGAUUACUUCAGUUUCUGGGUUUUCUUUUUAAUUGAUUGAGAUCUUUUGCUUUCUACAUAAAUUUAAAUUUGAACUGUUUUUUUUUUCUUCAGAAUUUCAGAGAAUCUGAGAGAUAUUCAAAUUUCUGAUUCUUUUUUUGAAUUUUAUAAAAGGAGUAGGAAAGCCCCUUAAACCCAGCAAUUACUCCAAGAACAAUCUGAGGGAUAUUUCAAAAUUUCCAUUAUUGGGUGUAUCAAUUCAAAUGGGAUUACUCCAAUUUCUAGGUUUUCUUUUUGAUUGAGAUCUUUUGCUUUUUACAUAAAAUCAAAUUUCAAGUGUUUUUUUUUGAAUUAUAGAGAACUAAUCUGAGGAUGAAAGCAGAACAGCAACAACACAAUUGGGUGUUUUCACCUGCAUUUGUGUACUUCUUGGCCUCAUUUUUACUCUUGGGUUCAAUUGCAUCACUUUAUGCUUGGUUAGUGUUCACCCCUUUUGCUAGAACUCCUUAUGGGGUGCCAUCUCUGGGUUGCCAAGAGGACAAUGAAGGUUCUUGGUCAAUUGGGUUUUUCUAUGGCUCUUCCCCUUUUUCUCUCCAACCUAUUGAAGAUAAGAAUGUGUGGAAGAAUGAGAGUUCAGCAUGCCCAGUUGCUAAUCCAGUGAUCACUUGUGCUUCUGUUUCUGAGGCUGGUUAUCCUAGUAACUUUGUUGCUGAUCCUUUUCUUUAUAUUCAAGAUGAUGUGUUGUAUUUGUUCUAUGAAACAAAAAAUUCAGUAACUAUGCAAGGAGAUAUUGGUGUCUCAAGAAGCACUGAUAAAGGAGUGACAUGGAAACAGUUGGGUACCGCUUUGGACGAGAAUUGGCAUCUUUCUUAUCCAUAUGUCUUCAAUUAUAACGAUCAGAUAUACAUGAUGCCCGAGAGUAGUCAGAAAGGAGAACUCCGACUUUAUAGAGCCGUUAGCUUCCCACUUAAGUGGAAACUAGUAAAAGUCCUUAUAAAGAAACCACUUGUUGAUUCAUUCCUUGUGAAAUAUGGUACAAAAUAUUGGAUUUUUGGUUCAGAUCAUAGUAGUUUUGGUGCUAUAAAGAACGGGCAGCUUGAAAUAUGGUAUAGUGACUCACCUCUCGGACCAUGGAAACCUCACAAGAAGAAUCCUAUUCAUAACAUUGGAAAGAACUUUGGAGCUCGUAAUGGGGGUAGACCGUUCAUGUAUGAUGGACACCUUUAUCGUGUUGGCCAAGACUGUGGAGAAACAUAUGGAAAACGAAUUCGUACGUUUAAGGUGGAAAUACUUACGGAAAAGGACUACAAAGAGGUUGAAGUACCUUCAGGAUUCAGGGAAUCCGGUAAGGGCCGCAACGCAUGGAAUGGUGUCCGUUACCAUCAUCUCGAUGCGCAGCAGCUUAGUUCUGGGGAGUGGAUUGCAGUUAUGGACGGGGAUCGUGUGCCUUCCGGGGACUCGGUCAAUCGAUUUGUUCUUGGGUGUGCUUCUGUUUUGGCUGUUGCUGCACUUGUUUUGUUGUUGGGUGUUCUUAUGGGUUCGGUGAAAUGCUUUAUUCCUCUCAAUUGGUGCCCGCAUAACUUGAGGAAGAGGAGUGAUACCCUUUUAGAUUGGGAAAGACCCAACACUUUGGCUUCGAAAUUGAGGCAUUUCUCUUUUCGUUUGAAUCGGGUUCUUUCAUUACUACGGGUUUGGAUAAAACCCAACACCAUCAUCGGGAAACUGGUUCUUUUCUUCAUUUUUAUCGUAGGUGUGGCAUUGAUGUGCAAUGGUGUGUCAUACAUCUACGGUGGGAACGGUGCAGAGGAGCCUUACCUAUUGGAUGGUCACUAUUCACAGUUUACUCUGUUAACGAUGACAUACGAGGCUCGGCUAUGGAACCUGAAGAUGUACAUCAAACACUACUCAAGGUGUUCGUCAGUCCGGGAAAUCGUUGUGGUUUGGAACAAAGGUAAAGUUCCUGAACCAAGUGAAUUUGAUUCUGCUGUACCAGUUAGGAUUCGGGUAGAAAAAAUGAACUCACUCAAUAAUCGGUUUAAAACCGAUCCCGAGAUUAAAACCCGUGCCAUUCUCGAGCUUGAUGAUGAUAUAAUGAUGACUUGCGACGACAUAGAGCGUGGUUUCAAAGUAUGGCGAGAACACCCAGAUCGACUAGUGGGAUUUUACCCACGACUUGUCGAUGGGAACCCUCUUAAAUAUCGAGCCGAGAAGUACGCUCGAAAGAAAAAAGGGUAUAACAUGAUCUUAACCGGGGCAGCUUUUAUGGACGUCCAGCUUGCUUUCGGAAGGUAUUGGAGUGAAGAAGCUAAGGUAGGUAGACGAUUAGUCGACAAGUUUUUUAACUGUGAAGAUGUGCUGCUGAAUUACUUGUACGCAAAUGCUAGCUCAUCCGCAACAGUUGAAUACAUCAAGCCCGCUUGGGCAAUCGAUACCUCGAAGUUUUCGAGUGCAGCCAUUAGUCGUAACACGGAUAUGCAUUACCAGAAAAGGAGCGAGUGUCUGUCGGAAUUCGCAAAGUUGUAUGGAAGUUUGGCCAACAGAAAGUCGAAAUUUAACGAGCGAAUAGAUGGUUGGGAUGUAUAGUCUGAUAUUAUGUGUUUUGGUGUAUAAUUUCUCUCCAUUUACUUCCCUUUGAAUCAUCAUAGACAAGAAUAUGGAGGGGUAAAGAGGAAAGAAAUUAAUUUUCCCCCUCUUUUUUUCUUUUUUAAAAUUAUUUAAUUCCUCCUCAUUGUGAAUUUUCUUGGGGCUUUUUGGUAGUUUAUCAUUUAGAGGUAAAAAUGUACAUGGCUUUUCUUUUAUUUGUGAACUUUGUUUCUUUAUAUAUGUUGGAUUUUGAGUUUAUUAACA